GAGGAGAAGCAGAUGCGAGAGGCGUGUGGAAGAUCCACACAGCAAUUAGCCGCGGAUACGUAUAGCAACAGGGAUAGAUCUUCGAUUGGAUUGUGUGUGUGAGCAUUGGAGGAGGAGGAGAAGAAAUCACUGGGAUUAAAUCAGUCCUGGGCUUUGUUUUGCUGGCGCUAUGGGAAUAGACCGGCGGCGGAGAGCGUCGCUGGCUCUUACCUUGAACUUUCUGGCCUUGUUCCUCGCUGUGUCAGCUCUGGGAACGAGCCACUGGUGCGCUGGCACGCGCAAGGUCGUCAAGCCGUUCUGCAGCGGUCCCGUGACCACCAAGCAGUCUUUCUGCAUCAGGUUCAACAGCUCCAAUUUGAACGACACGCGGCUGGUGCAGUACAUCUGGGAGACCGGCGAGGACAAAUAUGUCAUGAGGAAGUUUCACACCGGCAUCUGGUUCUCCUGUGAACAGAACAUCAACAUGACUGGUGAAAACUGCAGGAAUUUCAUCUAUGUUGCACCUGCCAAUGAAAGAGGGGUGCUGUGGCUGUGCAUCGUCGCAGAGUGCCUGUAUAUCAUGCUCUUGGCCACCGGAGGCAUCCUCAUGUGGAUAGAAGUGUGCCAGUUUGGCAACGUCAUCGACGGCCUGAAACUCAAUGCCUUCGCUGCCAUAUUCACCGUGCUUUCAGGCCUGCUGGGGAUGGUGGCCCACAUGAUGUUCACCACAGCCUUCCAGCUCACAGUCAGUCUGGGACCAGAAGACUGGAAACCCCAGACGUGGGAUUACAGUUGGUCGUACAUAUUAGCAUGGAGUUCAUUCACGGCGUGCAUGGCAUCUUCCGUCACCAUUAUCAAUGGCUACACCAAAACCAUCCUUGAAUUCAAGCACAAGCGAAGGAACAUUGAGAAGAACUUGAAAAUCAAGCAGAAGCUGUUGGAGUUGGACCCUCCUGAGCAGGUGUGGGACAUGUACAUCAGCUCCAUGCCAAGUACUGCAGAGGAACUGCUGGACCUUUCGUCCAAUGACCGCAAACUCUCCAAUACCUCCAUCUUCUUGGACCUCAACGACCUGCCGGACCAGCAUGGGGAAGAGUAUUGCUAGAAAGGGCUAGGUAGAAAUCAACUCAUUCACUGUCAAACGUGACUUUGCAGUGAAUGAGUUAAACGUCAUCACGUUGUGUUUUUUUGAAUUAUAC